UUGUUGACAAAACAAAACAACGUGCCGGAUUCACACUCGAAAACUUGAACUGCGAUUUCGAUUGGUCGGAUCAGUUGGUACUUGGACCUGCCGGAACCAAGCAUUAGACUUUCCACCAUGGCUCAACUAAAAAUUUUCAAAGGGUUCGCUAUAGUGGCUGUGAACGAAAAAAUAAUCGGAUUGAAUAGUCAGAAGUCCUGGGCUUAUAAAAUUGAUCGUUCGAUUCCUUUUGAAAGAGGUCAACUGCGUAUAGUUUUCGAUGCCGACACAGAAGUAAGCGAAGACGAAACACCUAAGAGUAGCGCGGAACAAAACAACGAUGACAAGCGGACUACGAACGGAUCAAUCGUAAAAAUCGAUGGGUGCUGUAAAAUCGUGGCUAUGGAUGUGCAUGAGCAAACAUCCAGGCUCGCAGUUGCCACUAAUGAUAAGUCGAUGUACUUAUUCGAAAUUUUGUCCGACGGGCAGGAGGGAAUAAGGCUAUUGUCGAGACGAAUAACUUCCCGUACAUCCAGCUGUAUUAGGUUUGCGCCAAGUGGAGCGUUCUUGAUAGUGUGCGACAAAAGUGGCGACUGUUACCGGUACGAGUGCGAUGAAGCAGACUUCAGGAAGCCCGGACGCUGGCUUUUAGGCCAUCUGAGUCAAAUACUGGAUGUGAUAGUUGACGAACGGGAAAGGAUGAGUCUCCAAGACUUUUAUAACGCAGCAGUGGAAGAGCUUGACAUUGAGGCGUACACCUCCUGCGAGUUCACACCCAUGGAAGAAAGGGAACCUUUGGACAACUUCGCAAGUAAUUCUUGUGACAAUUGGAAACCCGAAGAAGAGUGUCUACUCAGACAACUGUUUGAAUUCUUCAAGGAAAAGGGACCAAAAGUGCCUCGGUUCAUAAGUGCUGAACUAAAAAAACACAAAGUAUAUUAUAACUGUAACCAAGUUGAGCAAAAGCUGUUGCAACUUGGGUUUCAGUUAUGUUCAGUGCCAAAUCAGAACAACCACACCUUAAUAAGAGGGCGUAAUUUCACGGAAGUGGAGGACAUCGAAAUUUGCAGGGCGUGGAAAGCGGUCUCAAACGAUGCUUCAAUAGGGACGGAUCAAACGAGAACCUCAUUUUGGGCAAGAAUUCAAACUUACGCUGCGCGUUAUCAGCCAGCAUUGGCAGCAAGAGCACCAGAUGCUCUCCGGCAGCGCUUCGGGUUCCUAAAAAAACAUGUACAGAAGUACUUAGACUGCGAGGUUUUCGCAUUCAGAAACCAAACAAGCGGAACAUCUCGAGAGGACGUCUUGUCAAUAGCGACUCGGAAGUUCAUGAUGCAAAAUAAUUUAAAAGAAUUUAAGUUACAGGGGUGUAUAGACGUCUUGCGUAAUGAACCCAAGUUUUGUACGAGCGUUAUCCCGACAAAAACCAACGAUAAUACAAAUACAGAUAAUAUUACUGAUUCUACUCAACAUCCUCCUACUCAAGCAACAUCGCAUCUAUUCGACACACCAAUGACAUCAGCUGCUCCAACAAGAAGCGAAUCCAGGCCAUUGGGCAAAAAAGCGGCUAAAUCUGCGUCCACCGAUAUUGGAAAUGAUGUGAUGAAGAAAUUGGUCGAAAGUAUUAACCGUAAAAACGAUGUCCUUUCCAGAAACGCCAAAGCUCUAGAAGAGGCCACAACUGUGAAAAUCAUGGCGACGCCCGUCGAUAGUUUGGACGACGUGGCGAAAGAGUAUUUUAUGCUAAAAAAACAAAAAAUCUUGAGAGAUCUCCAAAAAGAGAACGAAACUUUUGAUUUUAUUAUAACAGAAAGUGAUUCUGAUUGAUUUUGUUUUUGUUAACAUGGGCGAUGGAAGCGAAAAGUUAUUCUUUCUCUCCUUGAGAAAAUCCCCUUUAGAACUGUCAAAAGUUGGGUGAAAUUAUAGCUUCAUCCCACUUGCACUAAUGCAAAACCAUCACCCAAAUUCGUCAGCGCUUCCAUCGCCUGUAAACUUUUUUUUUGUUUUGUUUGAAUAACAUUUUGUUUUGUUUGUUAUGUGAAUAUCUUGAAAUAAGAAUAGAAGACUGAUUCUUAAACUACUUACUAGUAGAAUUAAUUGAUUUGCUUACUCAAUCACCCGCCCCCGGUUUCAUGAUUUCAGAUUUAAUGUUCAGUAUUCAGAUUCACGUUUCAGAUUCAGAUUACAGGUUCCAGAUUAAGAUUUUACAUUCUUAUUUCAGGACAAGAUUAAAAUUUCAGAUUCAGAUUUUAAAAACAGAAUCCGGAUUCAGCUGGAAACCAUGAAAGUUGUCGAACUGGGAUCCAACUGGAAGGCUUCAGGAUCAGAAAAGCUUCGAUAAAUUGAAACGCCACUAAUUGUUUUAUUAAAGUAAAGCAAUGUUUUUUUAUAAUUUUCUUCAAAUAAAGCUC